UUCACGACAGGAUAAUGAUAGGCAACGAAACCUUUGAUUAAUUCACUCGCGUGAAUGCAAAUAAAGCAGCGGAUAAAGUGUCACGUUUUUUUAAAAAACAUAAAAAACGUUACUUCAGCGUCCGACGAAGGAAUAUACGGUUAUAUUGACAUCCAUUCGACAAGUCAAACUGUUAAAAUUGGGGAGUUUUCCACUCAAAAUGUUUAUUACCCGACGACGUUUCCUUUGCGCGUGUACGGGAAUUGCGAUAGUUUCAUCUGGACAAAUCGGUCUAAUGGAUACUAGAAGAUCUGAAAGAAAUUUACUUUUUUUAUAAUGUGUCCUGGGGUCUACUGAAUAACUGGCUGACGUGGGGAUCACGCAGGGGGGCUGGCCGAAAAAGGAGAGACACAGGCGGGCGCAGAGGGGCUGCGCCGCCGCGCGUCUGGGAUUACAGUAAACACAAUUUGUUUCUUCAAUAUCCUAAUAGGCUUUGACGAGAUAAUGCAAUCGCAGGCAUAUAAAACGCGAAGGAAACUAUGUAGUAUGUCUUCUUUUAGGGGUUCUGAGACGCUCAGACUGACCACUGCCUAUAAGUUCAUGGAUGUUUACGUCAGUUAUUGAUUUGGAAGUUUUUAAAGUUUAUAAAGGCCAUUAAUCACUGCUGUAUGAACUUUGUUUUUAAUAUCUGAUGCAUGUUAUGAGUGCUAUCUAAGAUGGUUGAGAACAGAUGCUUUGUUCAGAGAGAGGAGGUUUACCGCUGGUUCUCCGCGUUGAGUUCGGCGCAGAGGGCUGAGUUUCUCUGCGGCAUUUUGGACCUCUGCGUUCCCAUUGAGCUGCGCUUCCUCGGCUCAUGUUUGGAAGACCUUGCGCGAAAAGACUACCACUCUCUGAGGGAUGCAGAAAUCAAAGCCAACAAUCCAGCUGACCUCGCCAACCUGACCAACAUCACAGAUGAGGUCGUGAGGAGCAAGCUGCUCGUCUCUCUCGCGCUCCUCAGCUCGGACAACCGCGUAGCGGCGGGAGUUUUGUUUCGGACCCUCACUCACAUAGACACCAUCAUUAAUAACUACGGACUUCAGCUUAACGAUGGCCAGACGGGAGAGCAGUUUUUGCUCCUCUUCACCAUGGCUUCGAACCAUCCCGCCUUUAGUUUUCAUCAAAAGCAGGUGCUGAGGCAAGAGUUGACACAGAUCCAGGAGAUCCUUCAGGUGACAGUUGGUGAGGCGCCGUCGACGUCACACGGGGGCGGGGCCAGCGCUGCUGCGCUCCCAAACGUGAGCGCGACCCCGACCUUCUCUUCCUACAUCACAACAUCCACCUUCAACUCCUGCCAGGUCGGAUGUCCAUGCUGCAAGAACGUGCAACGGGAGGUCACAGGAGGUCAGACAGAUGAAGGCUUGGGUCCUGAGGUCAUGCUGCCAAGUCAAUCCCUCUUGUGCCAGGAAAUGCCACUCAAAGUGCAUGUCGGAAAACCUAGCAAAGUGUACAUUGAAAGAAUUGAACUAAGGGGAGUUACACCCAAAUCAGACAAACCAACAGAAUAUGUCUUGGAGGCCUUGUGGUCCGACUCCACUUUGUCGACUGUCAGCAAAACCCCUCAUGAAGUGGUGGAGUUUAUCUCCCAGCUAUCUCAGCUUUUUCCCGAUGAAUGUCUAGAGAAACUUCUGCCCCAAAUGCCUGGACUUGAUUCCACUCAUGAACUAGAUCCUCGAUGCUUGACCUCUCUUCCGCCUCAAGUUCUUAAACAUGACAAAGUCCGUUUCUUCUUCAGCACUUCGCCUGCACCUCAGCUCCCUACUAGCACAAAUCUGGGCUGUCUGCUUCAGUAUAGGGGAGCGAGCAGGCCCAUUUGUGGUGUUGCCAGCAUCCAGCCUGUCCUAAGUGUCCAUGCGCCCCUCCCGCAGAGCUCCUCUGCCCACCUGCCCCCUCUCCCUUCCCAGACAGCGGUGGCUAUCCUCCCCGGCACUGCCGUACCCAUGGGGGAGUCCAGCCCACCACAGACGCACCUCGUAAACCCCGCACCCCAACCCCAGGCCCAGUCCCAGCAGCCCUGCCCGGAGCAGAAUGGCAUCCUGGACUGGCUUCGUAAACUACGGUUGCAUAAAUACUACCCUGUCUUCAAACAGCUAACCAUGGAGGAGUUCCUCGCUCUAACAGAAGAGGAUCUCAACAAGUACGACCUCACUCAGGGGGCCAAGAAGAAACUAAAGACUCAGCUGGAGCUUCAGAAAGAGAAGCUGGAGAAGAGAUACGUGGUGUCUCAGUUUCCUGUUUCCUGUAGUGGGGUUGCCAGAGUGACCCCUUCCAGUCAUAUUGGACCCCUGACACACGCACACACUGGAAGUGAGUUACGGGUAGACGUCGAGAACAGCUUGUUGCCCAUUCCACGGGACAGCAGUUCCUCCUCAGGCUAUUCCAGUGCUCCUUCCAGUCCAAUGACCCCUUUAUCACGUGACACUUCUUUUGAUCGGGUCAAAGACCUUCACAGACGUAAGAACUGACGGAUUUUUUCCAUUAAUAAUUGUAUGUAUAGUAUACUGUGUGCCCAAGUCCUCCCAGUCCAGAACGAUCCCUCCCUCUGUCCCUCCCAAAUGAAUUUGCCCCCUCCAUCCUUGCCCCUCCUCUCCCCAGGCCACGUUCUCAACUCUCCCCGCAAACCUCGUCCACCCCCUCUCUGUUCAGAAGAACGUCCCAAACCGAUGGGGUCUGGGGUCACCGUGGGUGUACGGCUUGAGAACAUCUUCCCUGGGUUGAAUCUUGAUGGUUCUCCGAGGCACCAGGAUGUGUCAGGCCCCCGUGGGCCCCUCACAGUGCUUCGCUCCCCUCCAGGUCUCAUGGUGGAGACCAGCACUGCUCUCACCUCCACGUCUAACACCCUCCAUCAUGUUUCCCACCCACCCUUACAUUUACAAGUGUCGUUUUCUGUUCCACGCACAGGGUCGUACCCUCUCUCCACCCCGUCCUCCUGCCCCUCAUCGAGUUCCUCCACCAGACCCACCUUCUCACCUGUCAGUGGAGUUCCAAUAGCAACAGCCAGCAACGUUCCCAUGGCGGCAGUACCCGGGAACACAUACUGUGUUAACAGUACGCCCACAGUCACGCCCAGUUCUAGCCCAGCAUCCACAGAGAAUAGCGGCUACGCCUCAGUGCAAGCAAACAGCGCUAACUCCAGUUCCUCAUUGUGCGUUUGUAGCUCUUGUGGUUGUAGCGGCAACUGUGGCUCGUACGGAGCACUUCCAGUUAGCUACGCCGGAUAUUUUCCACAUCCGUUUUCAGGAACGUCAUUAUUCACGUUAGGGCCUUUGCUUCAUUUCAGCCCCCUCCUUACAGGAAGUGGUACCGCCUCCCCCUUUUCCUACCCCCUGGUGGCCCCGCCUAUUUACAACAGCAGUCUAUCACAUGACUCACAACAAAACCUUGUGCUUCCACCAGUGCAGGGUUUUCUAGGGGGAGGGGGUGGUGUGUACCAGCCCCAUGGAACGAUGGGAAACGGAAGUUCUGGGCAUAAGAAAACAGGGAAUGUGUCCUGCUAUAACUGUGGGCUGAGUGGGCAUCGAGCACAAGACUGCAAGCAGCCAGCAAUGGACUCUGCACAACAAGGGACUUUUCGUCUGAAAUAUUCCCCGCAGUCAGACAGCCAGGACUCAGGGGAAUAAAUGGUGUGAAUGAACUGGUCUGGACCUGCACCUUCCUCAGUGUGUAAAGACACUUGAUGUGAGACUCCGCUGAGCAAAGGAAUUUCAGUUUCUCUUUACAGGAGGAUCGAGUGAUGGAGUUCCAUCAGAUAUGGCUUCCAAUUAAAGCCUUGUGCCAAAGAAUCACUUCACGGUGGAUCUUAGUAAAGGGAAGUUCAAAGAAGAAUUCACUCUUUUUGUGUUCUUCACGCUGUUCGUCUCACUUGAGACUCGCUUGAGCACUGUGGAGCAGCCAGUAGUGUAUCAGAUCAUGCUGCACAUGUCAUUCUUGGAAGCAUUUUGCUUGCCAAAUAAUGUGCAAUGAUGGCCACCUCUUUUUGUUCAUGGUGCGACUAUAAGUCAUCCUUUGUGAAUAAGAUACUGGCAAUGUUUUUUUUCUGGAUGUUCAGAAAGGAAGGAGAAACUGACAAUUGUGAAAGCGAAAAAGUCGUUUUCAAUCUCAUUUUUUAGCUUUUUGACUACAGGAAGUCUUCUUAAUCAUCAUGUGUUCUUCCUGUUUGUUGUAAUCAUGGCGUAUUUGUUCAUAUCCGGGUUUUUGAAAACGUUUGCUACUUUCGAAUUAUAUUUUUUUAUUACAUUCUCUUUGUCAUAGAGGUGCCACGUCAAGUGGCGCUCAGAUAAAAUGUUUAUACAGUCAAUGCACUUGGGACUGCUAAAGCUUUUUUAAUUCACUAGCAUUCAUGAAACUGUACAAAAAACUGUUCAGACUUCUGAAUUUUAGUUUUUGAACUGAGAACUGAACACAAGAGGAAACCGUUUUCAUUAUGGCACACUACAAAGGUCAAAAAGUGGGGUUUUCCAUGUUGUUUCUCAAUUACAUUAGCCUAAAAAUUUUCCAAAGUGUUGAAAAAGGUCAGACUUUCACCAUUAGGCGCAUUUAGCCAAUAGAUGCCAUUCCGUUGUCAUUGCCAAACACUUUUGAUGUUUCAAAGCAAAUGGUGAUAUUUCUGUUUAUAAAUUACAAAGAUCUUGCGUCGCUGGUUAUGCAUGUCGCCUGAUUUACUACGUGCUGUAUGUAUUAUGUCUAGUAUUAUCGCAGGAAAGCUUUUGGUCUAAAACGACAAUGUUGCCGCAGCCAUUUUGUAUUCUGAGGUGAAUGUUGAAUGAAGUUUGAUUGCUGAAUUUUUGUAUAAUGUAUC